UUUGGGUGGCUUCGGCCUCUCCUGGAUUUGCCGUCGUUCAAAGACCCUUUUGAGCAGCUUUUCGCAUGACGAGGAGCGUCCCCCUUUGAAUUCGACGCUGAUCAUGGGAAUGCAACUUCCAGACGUACACACCAAUACAAGUCGGGCUUCCUGCUGUCAGUGAUUUCUGUGAUAAGCCCGGCGUGUGGCACGUCCAGCUCGGGGAUGCGACGUGCGUUGCGGCAGGCUCUGCUAGCUACACGCAACUUCAGCACUUAGCCUCCGAGUCGCCGUCAGCGAGUGGCUAUAGGUACAUGGAAGUCCAAAUCUUGAGCAUCUGUCCCAGUGCAAGUGUUCACGAUGUGAAGCACGCAAUUGCGGACGUUCUACACGUACCCGACUUCCAGCAGGACGGGUCCCCUCCCAUAAAUUUCGAGGUCUUCUUUUACCCGGCGAAGAGUGAGGAACUGUGCCGUACAGGAGUGCUCACACUCCCCAGUCAUGACAUCGGUGAACAGUUCCUGCAGAGCUAUGGAGGCUCACCGGCAGAUAUGACUAUUUCAGUCGGCUGGUACGACCUUGAAUUCAGGAAGAGCAACAAGGAGCCUCGGCCUGCCAUCUUGAAGAAGAUAACCACGACGCCAUACGUUGAUCCUAAGGACGAGGAAGAGCAUAAGCAGCUCGAAGCAGACUUGCGCACACGCUCUGUCUCUGUCUGUGCAGUCCAGUUUGGCUGGGAAUGUCGCGACAGCGUUUAUUCCGUGGAAUACGAAAAGUCGUGCGAGGGCUCAAGCAAAUUGACAUUCGAUGGAGCACGCAGAGAAUUUCGCGUACGGGUAACAGAUGCAGAGACAAACAGUAGCGUCAUCAUCGUCAUUCGCGCCAUGCAGAUAGCCUGGGCAGCGGUCCACGGGCAGUCACCCACCCAGACUGUGCUCUUCCUCGCCUUACACUGGUCGCCUACUUACGAGUUCGAGCAGGCCGACGAACCUGAACCUUCCGACUCGCGUACUAGACCGCGCAAGCCACCUCGUCAGUGCUUGACCGCUCUCGACCCCGAGCAUGCCAUCUACUCCAUCUACACCUCCCUCGCCCUUCGCUUCGUCUGCGACGAGGAAAAUGCGCUUGACAGCCUUCUUUGGCUUUGCAAGCACGCGCGUGUCAAACGUAACAAGCAUAUCUAUCCCGUUGCUCAGCCAAAACGCAACCUCUUUGCACCUAACCUCCAAAACGAUUACCGCGAUUGGCUAGCCUCCCUGAAAUGGGAACUUGCCUUUCAGGUUGAUACUCUCGCGAGGAACAACAUCAUGGAUCUUCAGGAGAUCCUAUCUCUACGCUCGCAGCUCUGCAGGAUGGCCGCGGACAAGGACGCUAAAUACCUGGCCUCAUUCGUAAGGCAUCUCGCUCGCGAGGCACGGGACCCGUCCUGGUAUCGUGGUGCUGCGAACCCGAAGGAUGCGUUGAAGGAACUGUUCAUCCGCUGCCGGAAGGAGUUUACCCCACCGCGAGACACCCCUUCCCCAGACGACAUCGCGAACGGCACCCGCCCGGAGUUUGAAUGCUUUCACGCCAUAGUCACCCCGUCUACCGUACGCCUUGAGGGCCCGUUCCUCGAACAGUGCAACCGCGUCAUCCGAAAGUACGCGCGGAACACGUCCUGCUUCCUUCGCGUCCGUUUUGCGGACGAGGCGCGUCUUCAGUUUCGUUCUGAGCGCGAAGUAGAUUGCCGUGCAUUCAUCCACAACCGGUUCGGCAACGUCCUCCGCCGCGGGCUAGUCAUUGCAGGUCGUCACUUCCAUUUUUUGGGCUAUACACAGGCGUCCUUGAAGGAGCACACAGCUUGGUUUGUUCGGAGCUUUAAGCAGCCUGCGGUGACCUCGGACGGUACUUCGUGCGAGGAAACUGUCACUGCGGACACGAUCAUCGCCGGUCUCGGGGUUUUCGACGGCAUACUGUAUGACCCUGAACUCAUCAUGUGUCCCGCUCGGUAUGGUGCUCGCCAAGCACAAUGCUUCUCUUCCACUAGCGCCUCUGUCACUAUUGACCUGGACGACAUCGAGGUCGUCGAGGACAUUGUGGACGCGGAUGGAGAGCGGUCAUUCACCGACGGAGUUGGUACGAUCUCCCCCAACUUGGCUGCGGAGAUUUGGACGCGACUUUGUGCCGCGAGUGGCAGACCGCCCAGCGAGCGAGGUCCGCGGCGCUUCCAGAUUCGUAUACAGGGCGCGAAGGGCAUGGUCAGCGUGGACCACCUGCUUCAGGGCCGCAAGCUCUGCCUCAGGCCAUCGAUGAUCAAAUUCUAUGCAGCCGAUUCGAGGACGCUGGAGAUUGCGGAUGCAUUUGUCAAGCCGAGCAAGUUCUACCUUAACAGACCCCUAGUGAUGCUGCUAGAGGAACUCGAUAUCCUCGGCGGCUACGAUUUCCUGAAGUUCUUGCAGGAAUCGGUCGUAGAAAAAACGGAGGCAGCCGUUCAGUCUUUGUACGCUGCCGCAGAUCUGUUCGACGACUUCAACUUGGGCCGGACGUACGACUUAUCGAAUGUGUUUCGAGAAUUACACCAUAUGGGGAUUGCGACUCUCGACGAUACGUUCUCUCAGCAAGUCCUGUGUUUCGGAAGACAUCACGUCCUACGCGAUCUGAAGUACCGAGCCCGAAUUCCCGUGCCGAGUGGCUGGAACUUGGUCGGUGUGGCGGAUAUUCAUGGAUGUCUGGAAGAGGGAGAGAUCUUCGCCUGCGUCAUUCCAUAUGAAGGCCAGGAGCCGAUAUACUUGCAUGGCCCAACCUUGAUUUCCCGGUCUCCUGUCAUUCACCGAGGUGAUGUCCAGGUCGUUCGGGCCAUUGGGCCUCCGCCACCCGGAUCCCCUUUCGAGAUCGAGCCUCUUCAUAACUCCGUCGUGUUUUCCACCAAGGGUUCGUCUGCUUUUACCAUCUGCGUCAGAAGCUAG